CUUGCCUGACUUGCCUUCUUCAGUCUUCCUAUACAUAUACUUGUGUUUUGGUAACAGAUAUUUGUGUAUUGAUCCUAAGAAAACUUGAACAAGAAAACAAAAUAGUCUCCAAAUUUGAAAACAUGGCCGAUGAUAACAAGGUCCAGAUUCCAAGAGUUAAACUGGGCAAUACUGGACUUGAGGUGUCCAAGUUGGGAUUUGGAUGUAUGAAUCUGAAUGGAGUCUACAAAUCUCCAGUUUCUGAAGAGGAAGGGAUUUUGGUGAUAAAACAUGCAUUUAGCAAAGGCAUCACUUUCUUUGACACUGCUGAUGCUUAUGGUAGCGACUCUGCUAAUGAAGUUCUGGUUGGAAAGGCCUUAAAACAGUUACCAAGAGAAAAGGUACAAAUAUCUACAAAGUUUGGUAUAGUAGGACUGGAUCGAGAAAGCCAUUCACUGAUAGUGAGAGGUACCCCUGAGUAUGUACGAUCAUGCUGUGAGGCUAGCCUGAAGCGCCUUGAUGUUGACUACAUUGACUUGUAUUUUCAACAUAGAGUUGACACAUUAGUGCCCAUAGAGAACACUAUGGGUGAGCUUAAGAAGCUUGUGGAAGAGGGGAAAAUAAGGUACAUUGGGCUAUCUGAACCCAGCCCAAGCACCAUAAGGAGGGCACAUGCUAUUCACCCCAUAACUGCCUUACAAAUGGAGUGGUCUCUUUGGAGUCGUGAUAUUGAGGAAGAAAUCGUUCCACUUUGCAGGGAGCUAGGCAUUGGAAUAGUUCCAUAUAGUCCUCUUGGGCGUGGCUUCUUUGGGAGUAAAGCAAUCGAUGAAAAUGAGUUGGGGGAUGGUAUUUUGGCUUCACACCCUCGAUUUCUUGGGGAGAACUUGAGCAAGAACAAACAGCUUUAUGAUCGAAUUGAAACCCUUUCAAGGAAGCACCAAUGUUCUCCAGCACAACUAGCUCUUGCUUGGGUUCUCCAACAAGGGGAAGAUGUUGUACCAAUCCCUGGGACAACUAAGAUUAAGAACUUGGAUGAUAACAUUGGUUCAAUCAAUGUGAAACUAACAGAAGAGGUGGUGAAAGAAAUAUGUGAUGCUGUACCAGUUGAAGAGGUUGUUGGUGGCAGAGAACAUGAGAUGAUAAAUAAAAUGUCUUGGAAAUUUGCCAACACUCCUCCAAUCCCAAAAGUUUCCGAGCUCUCUACUUGACAAAAUAUCAUGCAACUGGGUUUUUACUUUUUAAUUAAGCACUUUGGUCUUCACUUGUCUCUAGCUAAAAUGAUUUUAUGUGUUAUGUAUCAUGUGUGCUUUUGUGCUUUUUUUUCUUUAAUUUUACAAAUUUAAGGAAUGCUAUUUAUCUCGAUUGAACUAUUUCCCGAUCCAUAUGUCAUUCCCAGCCAUGUAAUACAAUAUAAUGUAAAAAAAACUAAAAAUAAUAUAUUUUUAUCUUUUAUUCA